CUUUCUACACGAGCACGAGUGUUGGACAGCCAACAAAAGCAACGUAAUCGGCCUGGUGGGGUUGCAUACGGAGAGUCGCUGGAAGAAAAAGCAUAGGACGGCGUCAGCCACGUGCAGCCAUGUGUUACAUCUUCUCCCACGCCUCGAGAAACUUCUUUCAAAGCCACGGAAAUGCCAAGAUGACUGUGGCUACCUUAGUCUGCAUGCCGAAGCGAGCAGUGUAUAUUCUUCUGUCCCCCCUAUAUCCUUUUUCAGUUUGCCGUUCCGAGACUACACAUGUGCUCCUUCAUGCGGUCCCACUUUCUCACCUGCACCUUCUUUUGCGUGUUUUGUACAUGGAUCAAUUCGAUAGUGUGUGGGUAGCUGUUAAGUGGAUAUGAAGUUUGCAGAUACGCGGGGGAUUCUGUAUAUCCUGCAUACCAAUAUAUGCAGUAUUUGACACAGAAGGCAGAUGUAUUUUUGGAAACGGACGAAAACUUGCACCCAAGAAAUGGC